AUGGCAGCUACAGACGCAGAUGCUUUGCGUGCGGAGCUUGAGGCUGCAAGGCGAGAGUUGCAGGCGGAGGACGCCAGAACAAAUGAGCUGGAUGCGGAGAUAGAGGAGGCUGCAGAAAGGCAGCGAUUGCGGAAAGAGAUUGCAUGUGUCAGAGACGAACUGAGGGUUGCGCAGCAGCACAACAGGAAUCGUGCAGAGCUUCGUGCAGAUGUCGAUGCAGACCGUGCAUUUCUAGAUGGAGAUAUCCCGCGAGCUGGAAAGACCGAAAAGGGCAACAAGUUCAUCCAGAACUCUAGUGGCCAAGGGAUCACACAAUGCAAUGAGCAGGUCGCUCAAGGCGAGUAUGUUUGGACAAUCAAGGGCAUGCGUUGGUUGCAGGAUGCGCUGUGGGCUGUCGGCAAAAAUUUUGCUGAGUCCCCAGAGUUCAUGGUGGGCCACGGUAACUUCAGUCUCAGGUACAAUCCCGAGGCAGGCUGCUUGUUUGAGUGGCAUUGUGGGUCACUGGCGAUUUUCUAUCAUGACGAGGCAGAUCUAUCACUCCAGUACAGAAUCUACAUCAAGGCUCGUGAUGGGUCUUUCGUGCAGUGGGGCGAGGGGGGUCACGGCCGCUAUGAUUCUGAGGUGUCUUACGUGUGGCGUGAAGAUUGUUUCGGCCCCGACGUGCAUUGGGAGAAUCAUCGCCCGGCCUCCCUGACGGCCUUAGGCAUUUUUGGCCUCAGUCACGAAGAGCUGCUGCGGUCAGAGUGGGUCCAGGACGAUGAGCUGACCGUGAAGUGCGUGCUGGAGGUGCGCCCCCGCGAUUCUCCCAAAGUGCAAGACCAGCUAGGUCCAAGUGCGGAGCUUCCGGCGCCAACCGUCGUGCACGACAUGCACGCCCUCUUCGAGAAGAGCACCAACAGUGAUGUUCGUUUUGUGGUCGGGGAGGAGGUGAUCCAUGCGCACUCGCCGAUCCUUUGCGAGAGGUCCGCAGUCUUCGAGAGGCAGUUGAAUGCUGGAAUGCAGGAGUCCAUUUCGAAGGUCAUCGUGAUCAAGGACUGCUCCGCGCAGAUCUUCCGCGCCUUCCUCAAGUUCCUUUACACGGACAUCUUGCCCAGCCUGGAGGAGCCAAUCACUCUGAGCCCCUAA